GACUACAAAUCCAUGCAAAGCGCGGUUCAGUCUUACAAAUUAAAACUUUUAUCGAGUAAAAUACAAAAUUUGAUAGUUUUGUUCAUGUAAAGUUAAAUGUUCAACGUGAUCAGAAAUAUAACAAUGGACGAACCAAACAACGAAAUGGAAAAGAUGGAAAUUUAUGAACUUGUAAUUAGUAACCAAAUCCUGAUCGAUAAAAUUGUCACUUUAAGAAAACAGCUCAGAGAGGAACAUUUGGAGUACAAAAAUCUGAAACAACAAAGUAUGCAACAGAAAUUAUCUCAUCAAAUGCCUGAUCAAAGAAACUUAAAUAAUGAUGCAAAGAAAAAACAAAUUUUACAUUAUAUUUUGACAUUACAAACAAAGGAACAAGAAAUAUUAAAUUUGCAAAACGAAAUAAAAACUUCCGAACAAGAACACGAUAAACUUAAUCGAGUUAAUCAAUUUUUGCGGGAACAAUUGGAGAAAACUUCUGUUCAAAACAAUCUUCUGGAGCGAAUAGAAAAAGUCGAGAAAGAGCUCAAAAGUUUGAAAUCUUAACAGAAUUUUUAUCAAACUUUGAAAACAUUAACAAACACUACUUUUUCCAUCGAACUGAUCUUUCUUUUACUUUUGAGAAAGAAUUUGCUUACAUUUGUCUCUUGAAAUGUAAAAGAAACUGUAGAGAUUAAUUAACGAUUGAAGAUGUCUUAGAAAGAAACUUUUUUGUUUGAAUUUAGCAAUAAAUUAAUAAAAAUAAUUUCCUUAAAAAUUUC